AAUCUUUUAAAGGUGUGGCUAGUUUUUCCACGCAUGCGCAGAAGCUCAGUCUGGGAAAGCUGCUGCAAAGAUGGUGCUGGAUGGUCUUGCUAGAAAAAUCUCUUUACUUAUUGCUAUAUUCUCUAUAAUUGGCUGGGCUGCUUUUGUGGUCGGAUUUGGCCUGAGAUUCCAUGAAUAUGGGAAAGAAGGGAGCUCCAUAUCAAAUCCAGUGAAUGAAGAUCACUUUCCCUAUUGGUGUUUCGCAGUGUCUGCUCCAUUCCUGUACAUUGCUUAUUUCUUUCAUCUCUACUUCAAUGUGACAUUCACACAUUAUCUGACAAUAUUCUUUACUGCGGUAUAUUUGAUACCAGCUGGUGGUGUCCUCUAUGUUAAUGGGAUGGAGCUUGCAAAGUCGAUAGAAGAUGAAACUCAUCAAGGAGUUGGAUCUGAUAAUUACUGGAUAAUGACAGAGUUUAUCGGAGCUGCAAUUGCCGUUCUAUUUUAUUGGUUUUCUAUGAUGUUCUGGCCUUGUUUUGCUAAAAAGAAAGCUAAAGGAUACUACGAUUAUUAAAAAGGAACAAUUAUUUGUGUCUCUGUCUCUAUAUGUUGUAAUCAUGUACUACCUGUCCUCUGACAUUAUGCAUACAGAGUCUCAGUCAUACAGAAAAUAGUAGUUUAGUUAUCAUGUAAUGCAAACAUUAGUUCUAUUUUUAGUAACAAGUCAAUAAAUUAGUUAAUAUUCAUAGUCUGUUGGCUUGUUUCAGACCACACAUUGCAGUUACACCCACACAUACACGGGCAGCAUCGCUUGAAAGUUAGCUAGAGGAUUUCUCUCUCUCUAUAAAGCAAGCUUCAGUCUCCACUCGUCUCUUUUAUUGCCUCUUACAAUCAUGUUGGACGGCCUUGCAAGGAAGUUGGCCCUGCCAUUUGUACUCCUAUCAGCUAUAGGAUGGGUCACUUUUGCUGUUGGUUUCGGUAUCUUAAACUUUAGGUUGCAGGAUACCACCGAUUCUCCAGCUACUGGGAUAGAAUACUUUCCUGAGUGGUGCUUUGGAGUGGCCUCACUCCUUCUUUAUGCUGUUACCAUCACUCACUUAUUCUGUGGCAAUCCACUCACUAUAUUCCUUAUAAUGUUCUUCCAGUCCUUCUUUUUUGCAUCUGGAGGAGCCAUCAUGUUUACUUAUGGCUACUUUAUCAGGAUCAGGUGGGAGGCAGACCAGGAGGAGACUCUGCACAAAGACGAAUAUGAGAUUAUUGUGAUGUUUGUUGGUGCUGGCAUUGCCUUGUUGCUUUAUUGGACAUCACUCAUGUUCUGGCCUUGCUUUCGCAGGAAAGAGGACUAUGAAGAUGCUUAAUAAACAAUACAUACCUACACCAGUAAACAUAAAACAGCAACAGAAAGAAACACUAUAAUUUAUAAUUAUUGUAAUACUGUAAACAUGAGUUACAUGACUACUAGAACUAGUUAUUAAAAGUUAUUUGAUUUUAAUAAUAAAUACUUAAUAACUAUCAAUUAAUUACUCACUGUUUCAAAAUGGCGGCUGAGAAUGUAGUAUCUUUGGAGACAAAAAAAGACGAAGGAGAGAGAGAAGGAAGAGAAAUAGCAGAAGAUACAGCAAGAAAUGAAGCUGAUGACUCAUCCAGUAGCGAGUUAUCUGGUGAAGGAUCACCUCUAGGACCACUGGAUUGGAUUAGACACAACAUAGAACUAGGGAUCAGACCAGAGACUGUGCUCAGGGAAUUAAUGGGCUCCUCGUUUCAAAUUCCUCAGGGUACUGAUGAUGUCACAUUGUGGGAGGCAGUCAUUGAGCUAAUGCUCCGUCCACCAGCACGAGAGCUCCUAGAUCAUGUGACGAAAAUUGAUGAUGUCGUCUCGUUAAUUCAAAAAAGUAAAAAUAUAAUAGUCCUCUCAGGAGCAGGGAUAUCAGUUUCUUGUGGUAUCCCGGACUUUAGGUCCCCCGAGGGACUCUACUCACAGCUGGCAGUCAAAUACCCUGAGCUCCCCGACCCUCAGGCCAUGUUUGAUAUUCAGUUCUUUAAAGUUGACCCAAGACCUUUCUUCUCUUUUGCAAAGGAGAUAUACCCAGGGACGUACAAGCCUUCCCCUUCUCACAGGUUCGUCAAACUCUUGGAGGAACGAGGGAAGCUACUCAGAAACUACACCCAAAACAUUGACACCCUAGAGGAGAGUGCUGAGAUUAAGAGGGUCAUAUAUUGCCAUGGGUCGUUCUCUACUGCUUCCUGCACUAAAUGUAAGCAUAAAAUUGAAAUCGGACAAAUAAAGGAGGAGAUUAUGAAUGAAAUGAUUCCAUAUUGUCCAGUGUGUCCUGCUAAUGCUAAAGAGACGGAGGGAGAAGAGGAGGAAGAAGAUGGAGUUGGGAUAAUGAAACCAGAUAUUGUCUUCUUUGGUGAAGGACUACCCGAGUCUUUUCAUGAUCAGCUGCAACAAGACAAGACAGAGGUUGAUCUUCUUAUUGUCAUUGGUUCUUCUCUUAAAGUCCGUCCAGUCUCUUUAAUACCAGAAUUACUGCCCCCUGAUGUCCCACGGGUCCUUAUCAACCGCGAGCCAUUGCAAUACAUACAGGGGUUUGACGUACGGUUGCUAGGAUACAGUAAUACCAUAGUAACGGAGUUGUGUAGGCGGUUGGGGUCAGACUGGGCGGAGUCAAUAGGAGUGACAGAGUCUAUUGAAACUACGGAAAUAAAAUCUCCACAGCCAAGAAUUCAUUUAUUUGAUGGAGCAAUAUGGAGGAAUAGCUCACCGCCAUCUUUAAAUAAUGAAGAGCAAGAAGGAAAGAAAGGAGAAGGAGAGAAAGGAAAAGGAAAGAAAGAAGAACAAACUGAAGAGCUCAGUAAGUGUGUUAGUUUAAAGAGACCUGGUAGCCAUGACGACAGUGACAGCCACACCCCUAGCAAAAUAUCGAAAACUAUAAACGAAACUUGAUAGACCACACCCAUUACGCAUAAUCAAUAACCAAUUCACUUAUUAUUAUUAUUAUUAUUAUUAUUCUAAUCAAGGGAUUAUUGAAAUUUGUGUGUUCUAUUUUUGUUACAUGUACACCAUAAUGUGUUUGUUCAAUUUUGUGUCAUCAUCAUUACAUCAUCAUUUUCACUGUCUCCCUAGC